AUGGCACGGUGGGACGAAAUAAUCAAACUGUGUCUGACAGUGACCACCGGCCUGAUUGAAUGCUUUGGUUUCGCCGGCGUGGUUGGUGGUUGGCCCUCGCUCGUGUAUGUGCUGAGGAUGGAUGAGUACUUCGCUGAGCUCUGUGAGACCGCGCCGAACUUCAGCCGUCCUGUGGCACCGAACACCACUGUGGACUGCACUCUACAGAGCGAACGCUUCACGCUCAUCUACACCUUCGCCAGUUCCACCAUGAACGUCGCGACAAUCGCCAACGGUUAUAUUUUCGAUUACUGCGGGACAAUGGUGACUCGCUUCCUGGCCAUAUCCGUUUACACAGCGGCCACUUUGAUGAUUGCUUUCUCCACUGCUGCCACGGCAAUACUACUGUUUCCUGCACUCCUUCUUCUUGGAGUGGCCAGCAUGAUGUUACUGGUAACAAACAUCCAGGUUGGAAACUUAUUAGGAAACAAGCGUUCUACAGUUAUCACAUUGUAUUAUGGAGCAUUCAAUUCAUCACCAGCCGUGUUCCUGAUUGUCAAGGUGUUGUAUGAAAGCAAUAUUUCCCUGAGAUCCAUCUUCUUGGUCAUCAGUGGCCUGAGCCUCAUCCAUGUCCUGCGAACUAUAUUCCUGCUGCCCCGGACACACAUCCCCUACUUCCUGCCACCGGGUUAUAGCUACGGGAUGACCUGUGAGAUAUUUACACGGAAUACGCCCCCCCGUGAAGAGGGGGUGACCCACCAAAGCCAGGGAGCAGCCGAGUCAGGAGGCGAGAUGAUUGAGGGGGUGGUAAUGGCCACUGGAGAGAGAAGAGAAGAAAAGCAACAAAAUACCGAAGGAGACACUGGGGAGGCAGGGGAAAAUGAGCAACGGAAGAUUGAGGAAGUUGUCGGAGAAGGAAUGGAAGAGACGGACGGCGGAGAGCGAGGGGGGAGCCGGGAGCUCCAAGGAAGCAUGGGAGAGGGGUACGGGGUUAAUAAUGGGAACCUGGAGCCCAAUGGGACAGAAGACUUGGUGGCCAGAGAUAACCAGGGACAGCUAUCGUUCAAGAAGUGCCUUCUCUCCCGGCUCUUUUUCGCACACGUGCUCUGGGUUUCGAUUAUCCAACUGCGGCAUUUGCUGUUUGUAGGGACCUUGAACCAGAUGCUGCACCUCUUGGCUGAUGGAGAUCCUCUGACAGUGAGCAAAUUUACGAAUGCUUUUGCCAUCACCCAGUUGUGCUCCAUUUUGAGCGCCCCAUGGAACGGGCUGAUCCUGGACCGACACAAAUUGAGAGCUCGGCCGUUAGAAUCAGGCACAGUCCAGAGGCUGGAAGACAUUCAGUCAUCGGUGCUCUCUCUCGCCAUCACCGUCACGCUUUCCACCCUCUUCAGUAUCUUCGCCGCCAUUCCCGUGCUGGAAGUGCAGUAUGCGACAUUCAUCCUACUGGUGACCAAUGCAACUUUCCUGUACGGAAGUGACGCAGCAUUUCUCGCCAUCGCGUUUCCCGCGUGCCACUUCGGGAAGCUUUACGGAGUAACGCAAGCUCUGGCCGGAGUCGUCUCCCUUCUCCAGUAUCCGUGCGCCAUCCUCGUCAGCGGACCUUUGCGGGGUGACCCAUUGUACCUUAACUUAGGGGUUCUCGUCCUGGUGACGUUGGCCUUCGCCCAUCCACUCAUCGUCCACUUUUGGUGUCGAAGGGAGAGAUUGAAGAGAUCUCAGUGA